AUGGAUACCAACAAAGAUCAUAUCCAACCCACUACCACAAAACACACGAAGACCAACAACAAGGAAGCGGGCAAUCCUGCCUCCAUCAAUAUGACCGCAUUGUUUGCAGCAAUGCCACAACCACCAGCACCCUCGACUUCCUGGAGUCUCGUAGAGCCUAGGAAGAAGAAAAACAGGAAGCGGAGGGAAAGACAACGCAGGUCUAGGACCAAAGAUAGACAAACAAAAGGGGGAACUGGCAACAGUGAACCCGACACAGAGGAGAGUGAGCGGUACACCACCGACGGGGACACGCCAGCUGCUGCUCCUGGAGGUACCGGGAAACCGACUGGGGGACACCAGAGCGCGGCAAAACCCACACCGGGCAAUGCUGCGCCGGUGAAAGCCAGCACGGGACCCGCGGGCUCCUAUCGCAGCGGCACAGGCGGGUGCCCAGCGGGGGGAGGGCGCACAUCCAACCUCUCUCACAACAUCAAAACAGUGGGGGGCCCGAAAACGGUCAAAGAUGCUGGAGUACGCGUAGCUCCGGGUCACAAGGGCGGUCCCAGCGGCCAAUCGGCCCUGGAAACUGCCCGCCCGUCGAGCUCAAGCGGAAAAAGCUCUGGCGCACAGGUCUCCUCCAAGACAAAAACCACACAUAAACAAAAGGCCCCAACCAAGCAAACCCAACGCCAGCUGCUAUCUAGUCGGCCACGCCUAAACAGCGGCACAAGCGAAGGGGAAACCUCGGAGGGGGGCCAAACAAACAAACCCAACAAGAGGGACCGACUAGACGACACCAUCUCACCGAAGGUGUCAUCGAAACGUCCCCGAACAACCCACACGAGAAGGGAUGGAGAGGGUAGCUACGCACAGGCGACACUAACUCACCUGAACGUGGCUAUCACCACCAACCCCCGGACAGACCUAACGGAAAAGGAAGCAACAGACAUCAAAGACCAACUACAGAAGGCCAUCUUCACUGUAGCUGGUAACCACAAGGGCAUACCAUCUAACAUACCCUUCGCUCCCAUAUUCCUCGGCCGCACCACCUUACACGAAGGAGUGCUGAAGCUGAAGUGCAGGGACGAUGAGACACUAGCCUGGCUGAAAGGGAUCGUCCCGACGUUCAAGGCCCCGAGGGAAGGUUUUUGCCUCACCCUCAUCGAACAACGACAGCUAAGGCCCAAAGUCAAAGCCGCCUUAUACGUACCCGACUACCAAGGGGACGCAGACUUCCUUCACAAAAUUUUAAUGAGCCAAAAUCGAUACACAUACGCUGUCAGCUCAUGGCAGCUAAUACACUACGAUGUAUCUAUUGAGAUUAGGUUAAUAAACAAGACUUCUAAUGAAAAGUUUAUUUAUAUUCACACUUGCACAGUAAGUAGACAC